AUGACGAAAUUUGAAAAACAGAUGGAUUGUCCAAUAGACGAAUAUAAAAAUUACAUCGAGUCUGCCAAUAAAAAAACAUAUGUAUUAAUAUUUGAUAAGAUAAUGAUAAUAUUGAUGGUAGAGAUAGUUUUCUCUUUACAACUGAUGAAGAGAUACGCACAUGGACAUGCUGUUGCUCUUCGUUUAGGAAUCCAGUUAAAGAAACUGAAUAAUCGUGUAAAGCUGGAAAUAAAAGAGUACAAUUCUUGUUGCGAAAUAAAAGAACUUCCAUAUCCUAAUCAAAUCACGUUUGAUGAAAUAAAAGACCGAAAUUAUGAAGUAUAUGCUUAUAUGAGUAUUGAUACCAAACGAUUAUUGAUUGAUCUAAUUGAAACUCAAGAGGUGUCAAAGAGGAAAUGA